GGGAAACCUGACAAGCCGCAUGGCCGCGGGUUGUUCAGAGGCUGCGCGGCCGAAGGCGGCCUCUGAGGGGUCGGUGGUGGGACCUGCCGGCGUCCUGCCUUGCCUAGAGCUGCCGACCUACGCUGCCGCUUGUGCGCUGGUGAAUAGCCGCUACUCCUGCCUGGUGGCGGGGCCGCACCGAAGGCACAUCGCGCUGUCGCCGCGCUACCUUAACAGGAAACGCACGGGUAUCCGGGAACAGCUCGAUGCGGAGCUCCUGCGCUAUUCCGAGAGCCUUUUAGGUGUCCCCGUUGCAUAUGAUAACAUCAAAGUGGUGGGUGAACUAGGAGAUAUUUAUGAUGAUCAAGGACACAUUCAUCUUAACAUUGAAGCAGAUUUUGUUAUUUUCUGCCCUGAACCAGGGCAAAAGCUUAUGGGUACAGUUAAUAAAGUGUCUUCCAGCCACAUUGGCUGUUUAGUACAUGGGUGUUUCAAUGCCUCCAUCCCUAAACCUGAGCAGAUGCCAUCUGAGCAGUGGCAGACCCUGGAGAUAAACGUGGGUGAUGAACUAGAAUUUGAAGUAUUUCGUUUAGACUCAGAUGCUGCUGGAGUAUUCUGCAUUCGGGGAAAACUGAAUAUCACUGGUUUACAAACCAAGUGCUCUGCAGUUUCUGAAGAAGUAACAGAAACCGGCACUGAAGAAGCUGUUGAAAAACCUCCAAAGAAGAAAAAGAAAAAGAAGAACAACCCAGAGCCAUAUGAGGUGGAAGGUGGCACCACAGAGUUAGCAGAUUUCGCAGAUGGCACCGUGAAGGAAAAGACAGACCUGCAGAUUAAUAAUGUGAAUGGCCUCUGGGAGGAAGAGCCGAAGAAGAAGAAGAAGAAGAAGAAAAAGCACCAGGAAAAUCAGGACCAGGACCCUGUUUUCCAAGGCAGUGACUCCAGUGGUUACCAAAGUGACCAUAAAAAGAAAAAAAAGAAAAGAAAGCACAGGGAGGAGGCUGAAUUUACCCCACUUUUGGAACACUCACCUAAAAAGAAAAGGAAAAAGUAAUUUUCUUUAGUGCAUUUUAAAUAUGAUUCAGUUUUUAAAAGAUUGAUUUAUAUACAAUAGAUGAAUAAAUGUUUGAAUGAUAUGAAAUGCUUAUGUAUUCCCGUAGUUUGCAAAACAUGAAACAUUUGAUUAGGAGUUGAGUUUUUGGUGCUAAAAUUAUAAAACUGAUAAUUAAUUAGGGAAACACCAAUAUUAUUGAAGUGCCUUUUUAUUGUAUACAGAACAAAAAGGUAAGAGCUGCUGUCACUCUCAAUUCUUGCAUUCUUCCAUUUUUUACAUUGUAAAUAAAAUUAUUUCUACAAUCUCAAGACUAAGGACUUUAUAAUACAGUAUUAUUCAUAUCAUUAAAGAAUGAAUUUGAGCUUGA